UUCACAAAAUGAAAAAUGAAACAUAAAAAAGUAGACUGGUUCAAAGGUCGGUUCGGUUAAGCUCUGAUACCAACUUUGUCGUACAUCAAAUCCAACCCAAAAAUUUAGAGAAUGACUGGCCAUCCUUUGGAAAAAAUAAAGAACGAAUCCUUGAACUAAGAAUAGUAAUUUUAAACCUAUAUAUUAACUAGGCAAAAUCUUUCAUUGAAUGAUAAUCAUGACAAAAUCAAGUAAAUCAUGAAUUAACCAAAAUCUAGAAAUUCUUUAACCCUCUCUGAAUUGCUCUUAACGUGAUUAAUGCAAUUUUUGAAAAUUUGGGAGAUUCCCUAUCCAAUCAAAGCUAAGUUGUGGAAUGGUUUUUGAAACUGUUUUGAGAUAAUCCUGAAAAAAAUAGAUGAAAAAGGCCAGCUUCUUUUGAAAAAUAUUGAUAUACGGGGAAAGUCAAUUUCAUCAGGAAAUUAUGCACCAAUAACUACACUAGAUUUAAUUCUUAAUAACAGCUUACAAUUAGGCUUGAUUUAGACAAACCAAUCGCGGACCUUGGACCCGACCUUGGUGGGUCAUAUGCAUUAUUGAUUUAGGCUUGCGUGGAUGAUGAGGAUUCCUAUCUUCAACAACUCGAGUCGGUCAAAGAAGUUGAAAAUUAGAUUUGUCAGGAUUUUGAUUUGCCAGUCUUUCGUGAGCAUCAACAUAAACUUAUUGUACAUGUUCUGAGAAGCCUAUAGCCUUGGAACGUCUGUACUAAUAUCUUCUGAUCCACAGAGAAGAGAUAGAGAAAGAGAGAUACGAAGAACAAAAAUGGCGGAAGCUGUCAUUGUUAGCAUUACCGAAAAGAUCGUUGCUAAUCUGGUUCCUCAAGCAAUAGAACAGGUUGGAAUGUUAUGGGGCGUCAAGCAUGAACUCAAGGCUCUCAGGAACACUGUCUCCACGCUUCAGGCUGUACUGGAUGAUGCAGAGGAGCAAUAUUACGAGAAUCGCCAAAUCCAAGUUUGGCUUGAGAGACUGAAAGACGCAUUCUAUGAAGCACAGGACGUGCUUGAAGAAUUCAACAUAGAAGCAACACGACGAGAAUUGAGGGGCCACGAUGAAAUGAUCGCGGAGGUAAGGACAUUUUUCUCAAGUUCAAACCAGCUUGCUUUUAAACUGAAGAUGAUUUACAAGGUAAGAGCAGUGAGGGUGAAAAUAGAAGCCAUUAAGGCUGAUAAGAGGAUCCACUUAAACGAGCGCCCCAUGGAUUCGCAAGUAAAGCAAGAGUGGAGGAAGAGAGAAGAGACACAUUCGUUUAUACCUAAGGGCGAUGUUAUAGGGAGAGAUGAUGAUAAGAAGAUGGUUAUGAAAUUUUUACUGGAUUCUAACAUGAAAGAGAAUGUUUCCAUCCUUCCAAUAGUUGGUAUUGGUGGGCUUGGAAAAACGACUCUUGCUCAAUAUGUGUAUGAUGAUAGUAAAUUUGACUUGAAAAUGUGGGUUUGUGUCUCUACUGACUUUGACGUGCAAAAGAUAGUGAAAAAGAUGUUAGCUUGUGCAAAGAAGGAAGAACCAACCGAGUUUACGAUGGAACUGUUGCAAAGCAAACUAAGGGCAGAAAUUGAUGGAAAGAAAUAUCUCUUAGUUUUGGAUGAUGUGUGGAAUGUAGAACAAGAAACAUGGCUAAGGUUGAAAAAUUUAUUGGUGGGAGGUGCUAGAGGAAGCAAGAUCCUUAUAACUACACGCCUUCAUUCGGUUGCGAAUAUCACGGGCACCACCUCGCGUCAUCUUCUUGCGGGCUUAUCUGAAAGAGCGUCUCUUGAUUUAUUAAUGCAAAUGGCUGGUCGAAAAGAAGAAGAUAUACAAGAUCCUGAAAUGCUAGCUAUUGCCACGGAAAUAGCGAGAAAGUGCUCUGGGGUUCCUUUGGUUGUUCGAACUAUUGGCGCUUUACUAUCCUUUAAAGAAAGUAAACGCGAAUGGUCACAAUUCAAAGAUAAGGAGCUCCUAGAUGUGUUUCAAAGCAAAGGCAGCAUAAAAUCAGUUCUUGAACUAAGUUAUAAACAUCUUCCUUCACAUUUGAAACAGUGUUUCGCGUUCUGUUCAUUGUUUCCCAAAGAUUAUGAGAUAAAGAAGCAGACUUUGGUAGAUCUUUGGGUGGCAGAAGGAUUUAUCCAGCAAUCAAAUAAAAGUCAACAUUUAGAAGACAUUGCUUGUAGAUAUUUCCAGGAUCUACUAUGGAGUAACUUCUUUCAAGAUUAUCGGGAAGAUAAGAAGACCUGCAAGAUGCAUGAUUUGAUGCACGAUCUAGCCUGCUUAGUUGCACGAUCUGAGUGUUGGGUGGCAUGGGAUGACAAAAAAUCCAUAUCUGAAAGAACUCAUCAUAUAUCAUAUGGUUCAUCUUUCAAAUUGAUGGGUGAACUUCCAAUCUCGCGCUUGAAAGCAAGUGCACUGAGAACAUUUCUGUCUACUGCUAGUUGUUGGGAAAUGGAACCAACAAGUGAAGCAUAUGUAUUCCAACUAAUUCAAAGUUUCAAGAAGUUGCGCGUCUUGGAUCUGCAUUUCACAUCUCUCGAGAAGGUGCCAAGGUCCAUUUAUAAGUUGAAGUAUCUCACGUAUCUUGAUCUCUCUGGCAAUCAAGAGCUAAAAAGGCUUCCUAACUCCAUUACGAGGCUGCAGAAUUUGCGAACUCUUAAUCUUAACGGUUGUCGUGCCCUUGAAGAAUUGCCAAGGGGUAUAAGGAAGUUAGUCAGCCUUCGAAAUCUAGAUAUAGAUGGUUGUUAUAAACUUCGUUAUGUGCCAUGCGGACUAGGGCAAUUGAGUUCUCUGCAUAGGCUAACACGCUUCAUUUUGCCCAAAGAUAAAGCUCUUGCUAAGGAUUGUUGCGAACUUGGGGAGCUAAAUGGGCUUAAUGACAUCCGGGGAAGCCUUUGCAUUGAGAAUUUGGGAAGUGUGACAGAUGCAGUAGCAGAAUCUAAGGCUGCGAACUUGAUAGGGAAGCAUUAUCUGGAAUCUUUGAAACUUAAAUGGGACGAUUUCGAUAUUGAUGAUGCAGUAAUUGGGAAUAGAGAUAAAGUGCUAUUAGAUGGACUGAGGCCGCACUCAAAUCUGCAGAAGUUGAAGAUCUAUGGAUAUAAAGGUGAGAGCUUGCCAAGGUGGAUGAUGGACAAUCUUGUGUCUUCCUUGCCAAAUUUAGUUGAGGUAUGCUUCCACGGUUGCGGAAGAUGUAAACAUCUCCCUCCAUUAGGCCAACUACCUGGCCUUAAGAUUUUAGAGAUUUCAUGGAUGACUGAAUUGGAAUACAAAGAGUUAGGCCAUUCAUCCACUUCAAUAGCAUCAUUUCCUAGUCUAUUGAAAUUAGAUAUCAAUAGUUGUGAAAAAUUGAAAGCUGUCCCACCAACUCCGCAUCUUGAGGAGUUACAGCUGGCUAGGGCCCAUCCAGCGUUGAUAAAUAUGAUAGUUGGCCUUAAUAAGUUGAAGAAUCUGGAAAUAUGGGAUAUGGAGUCCCUAGAAUGUGUGCCCGAGGAGUGCUGGAAAAGUCUCACCUCCCUCGAAUCUCUUCGCAUAAGCUAUUGUCCUGGGUUAACUUCCCUCUCAAAAGCACCACCACCACCACUGGGUACGGGACAUCAAUCCAACCAGGUGGAUCUCGAUUCUUCGGAUUCUGAGGAGCUAGAUUUAUCCAAUUACGACGAAAGCAGCGGCGGCAACAACAACCACCCCAUCUUGGAACUUCACAGUCUCCGCUCCGUGGAUCUCUAUAGCCUUCCAAAACUAGCAUCUCUCCCACGGUGGCUUCUCCAGCUCAGCAAUCUCGAGGAUCUCCGAAUUAAGAAUUGCUCCAAUUUGAAGGCAUUACCAGAGCAGAUCGAGACCCUUCAAUCACUUCAAAAGCUCCAAAUCUUGUCUUGCCCCUCCUUGACAUCAUUACCCGAAGGAAUGGGAAGGCUCGCAUCCCUUACUCACCUAGACAUCUCCAGUUGCGAGGAGCUCGAAUCAUUCGAAGACGAAAGCGGCAACAACAACAUCUUGGAUUCCCAUGGAGGACUUCACAGUCUCCGCUCCGUGGAAAUCGGGAGACUUCCCAAAAUAGCAUCUCUCCCACAAUGGCUUCUACAGGCCAGCAAUCUCGAGGAUCUCCAAAUUGAGCAUUGCUCCAAUUUGAAGGCAUUACCAGAGCAGAUUGAGGCCCUUCAAUCACUUCAACGGCUUGAAAUCAUGCAGUGCCCCUCGUUGACAGCAUUACCUAAAGGAAUGGGAAGGCUUGCAUCCCUUACUCACCUACGCAUCUCCGAUUGCAAGGAGCUCGAAUCAUUCGAAGACGAAAGCGGCAACAACAACAUCUUGGAUUUCCAUGGAGGACUUCACAGUCUCCGCUCCGUGUUAAUCUCUUCCCUUCCCAAAAUAGCAUCUCUCCCACAGUGGCUUCUACAGGCCAGCAAUCUCGAGGAUCUCCGUAUCGGUUUUUGUGAUGAGCUGGAUAUAUGCAAAGACGAGAGCGGCAACCUCAUCAUCUUGGAUUCCCAUGGAGGACUCCAUCACAGCCUUCGCUCCGUGAGUCUCGGUGAACUUCCAAAACUAGCAUCUCUCCCCCAGUGGCUUCUACAGGCCAGCAAUCUCGAGUGUCUCUAUAUUCGGGGUUGCGACAAUUUGAAGGAAUUACCAGAGCAGAUCGAGGCCCUUCAAUCACUUCAACGGUUUGACAUCAGAUGGUGCCCCUUGUUGACGUCAUUACUCGAAGGAAUGCGAAGGCUUGCGUCCCUUACUCACCUGAUAAUCUUCUAAUGCCCAGAAUUGGAGAGGAGGUGCAAGAGAGAUGGAGGCGAGGACUGGCACAAGAUUGCUCAUAUCCCCCACAUAACUCACAAUCCCUAUUCUCCAUUCUGAAGGUAUGCGAGGACCUUUUUACCCGGAAAUUUUACAUGAAGAAUAAUUCUCGAAUUGUGUGUUUCGAUACUUGAUUUGAUUCUGGGGGGACAUGGACAGAUCGCUGAAGAGAGGGGAGGACAGAUCACCGGUACAAGAUUUGCUCAUAUCCCCCACAUUCAACUUGGGCGGCGGCAGAUCGAGCCCUAAUUUUCUUUAUUGAAGAUCGGUGAAAGGUUUGGGCAUAUCCCCUUGGAUGCUUGAUUCGAUUGGGGAUUAGGGUGUAUGGGAACAAAGAAAAAUCUGUACCCCUUCUCGUCCAGCUCCGAGCUCGUCGAAUCUGGCUCGUGACUCAUGCCACAGAUAUGGUGCGCAAUUUGCUCAUUCGUAUUCCGCAAGGAGCAAAGUUGCCUGCACAGUCCAACGAUUCUAGGAGGACUCUCAUGCAUGAAGCGAUGAAUUGUUCCCAUGGAGGAUGGCUUAUGGUUUUGCUUCCCUUUAAAAAAUAAUCCUUUUGUCCGCGAUGUGUCCCCCAUGGAAUCGGAGGUUCCAGCAUAGAUCUGCCCAGCGAAUCAAGGGUGAUCCCUAGACAUGUUGAGUACCCAUCUGAACUUCCAAAGUGGAAUUACUAUGGAUCAAGUGCCGGUCAAGCUCCGGGGGAGGAUAGUGAGGGUGAUCUUAUUGUUUGCAUUUGACAGCAAUAUUGUGUAAACUAAAAGCUGCAAAUUGUUUUGCAUUAUAGUAGAGUUUCUGAGGUCUCUCUGUGAAGAGUUUGAAGAGAAACGCAAUGGUGGGGAGAGAGAGAGAGAGA